AUGUCAACAUGUAUCACGAAGGGAAAUCAAGAUACUACCACCGAAAGUCUUGACCUUGAGCUUGAUGCUGUGGCAGAGAAUAAUUCAACGGAUACCAUCCUUGGGCCUGAUGAUGCAUCUGUCUAUGACCGGGAUGGAUUGAACGGCAUUCGCAUAGCAGUCCCACAUUCAAUGCGUGAUCUUGGCACUACCAUUGUUGACGAUCUCGAGUUUGAAUCUUGGAAGUCGUUCAUGAAUCAUAGGGGGGAUUUCCAUGACGAUGUCCAGCUCAAGGAAGAGCACGAGCCCUUCACUACAGACUAG